AUCAGAACUCCCAAUAUAAGAUGAGAAGUACUAACCCUACCACAGACACACUUCUUCAACAUUGAAAUAUUAUUUCACCAUGACUCCCAAGAUGUUACUAUAUAGAACAAGUCCAACCCUCCACAUAACUCCCCACACUCGCCGCCUCUUUUCCCUCCUCUCCCCAGCACAAGCCUGUCGAUCCACUACUACCCAGACCUCCUGUCACAACAAAUCAUCAUCUCCAGCAACUGGAAACACUUCACCAUCAUGUUCAACAACAACCACAGAACCACCACAAUCCCACAACCCUCUGACAUUCAACUUCUGGACAAGCAAACCCGCCUGGAAGCGCGCAGGCAUCAACACCCUCCGCUGCCUCGUUGGCUGCACAUUGGGUGAUUUCUCCGCCCUGUGGAUUCUCCAAACCUACUAUCCCCAUUUAGGCAUGGGUCUUAUUAUGGGUGCCUCGAUGGCCUCCGGAAUCACCACAUCCAUCAUCCUGGAAACCAUUCUUCUCCGCCGAGGCGCCGACCAACUCUCCUGGCCAGCGGCAGCCCGCACCGCUAUGGGAAUGAGCAUGGUGUCGAUGCUGGCCAUGGAGACGGCGGAGAAUCUGGUCGAUUAUCACCUCACGGGUGGGAUGGUGAAUAUCGCUGACCCGAUGUUUUGGACUGCUGCGGCUACAUCCAUGGCGGCGGGUUAUUUGGCGCCGUUGCCGUAUAAUUAUUUGAGGUUGAGGAAGUAUGGGAGGGCUUGUCAUUAAUGAGUUUAGCUAGGAUUCCUGUGUAGCCUAUAGUAUGUAAUUAUAUAUUAUCUGCUCUGUAUGUAUAUCGUUUGCUACGGAUCGGCAAUAGACUAAUCUCAGAAU